AUGGCCAGCAGACUCCGUUUGUCCUCCCUGUCUCCCUCCCUAUUUCUCACCCUCCUGCUCCCUGCACUGUUGCUCCUCCACCUGCCUGGCGUGGUGAAAGGGGACUGCUGGCUGAUAGAGGGGGAUAAAGGAUACGUUUGGCUGGCUAUCUGCAGUCAGAACCAGCCUCCAUACGAGACCAUCCCCCAGCACAUCAACAGCACGGUUCAUGACCUGAGGCUGAAUGAGAACAAACUUAAGGCUGUGCUCUUUACCUCCAUGUUCCGCUUCACAAACCUUACUGACCUCAAUCUUACCAAGAACGAGAUCAGCUACAUCGAGGACGGGGCCUUUGCUGGACAGGCCAACCUACAGGUUCUCCAGUUGGGCUACAACAAGCUGACCAACUUGACUGAGGGCAUGUUGAGAGGUCUGGGUCGAAUGCAGUGCCUCUUCUUGCAACACAACCUCAUUGAGGUCAUUGCCACCAAUGCCUUCUGGGAGUGCCCCAGCCUCAGCAGCCUGGACUUAUCUUCCAAUAAGUUGGCCCGUCUUGACCCAUCUACCUUCACUCUCCUCAGCAGGCUGAUGGUGUGUGAACUAGCAGGAAACCCGUUCCACUGUGGCUGUGAUCUCUACAGCUUUCUCACCUGGCUGGAGACCUUUAACAAUGUCACCCACACCUACGACCGUCUCCAGUGCGAAACCCCUCUUGAAAUGACUGGUUAUCCACUUCUGAGCCCAGUGCGUGGGCAUGGAAGAAAUGCCCUUUACACACUUUUGUCUAAGUGUCAUGAUGGUGUGAUAGCUCCAGGGAUGACCUCCCAGACGCCAGAUCAAGAUGGCUCAGGGAUGGGUUUGGACAACCCGGACCAAGGACUGUACCACCAGCCAACCAUAUCAUCCACUGCUGACCCCACCUAUAGCCAUCAGAUUUCUAUGAAGCUUCAAAGUAUCUCCCUUUACACCGCUUCUCUGACUGUGCAGAUCCCACGACCAUACAGUAAAAUGUACAUCCUCUCCAAGUACAACCACACGUUUGUUACAGACAUCAUGCCCCUUAAAAACAAGAAGGAGACAAUCAAUUUGGACAAGCUGAAACCACACACAAAUUACACCUUCUGUGUCGCCUCAGUAAGCAAAUCUCAGCGCUACAACCACACUUGUCUGUCCUUUACCACAAGAGCAAUGGGACCAGAGGAUCCACGGACCAAUCCGUCCACAACUACCCACUACAUCAUGACUAUUUUGGGAUGUCUGUUUGGCAUGGUCAUUGUGCUUGGAUUUGUCUAUUACUGUCUCAGACGGCGACGCAUCCAGGAAGAGAAGCAGAAAGCUAUAAGCGUGAAGAAAACUAUUUUGGAGAUGAGGUAUGGUCCAGAGGCGGCUGCAGCAGUGGCCAAUGACCCAGGGGCCAUGCAGCGUCUCCAGGAGCAGGCUCACCACCAGCACCACCAUUCGGGAGGCGCAGGAGGCAAACUUCCACCAUCCGCCUCCUCUAGCACGGGCAUGCUCCACGGCUCAGCAAACACUAGUUCUUCUCGCCUCUCCACCUUGCCGCAGGUGGAAAAAAUGGCCACUGCCUUCUCUGAGGCAAUGGGUGGCAAGGGCAACUACAUGGAUGUGAGGACGGCAGGAGUGGCAGUGGAAGGCAGGGAGGGAGGGGUGGCAGCUGGAGGAGCAGGGGUAGGAGGGGAGGUAGUUGUGGAUAUGCGAGGUGGGGCUGAGAAUGGGACAGAGGCUGGGGAGGAUUCGGAUGACGACGGCCGUGGCUCAGCAUCAGAGAUCUCCACCAUCGCCAAGGAGGUGGACAAGGUGAACCAGAUCAUCAACAACUGCAUUGAUGCCCUGAAACUGGAUGCUUCUGCUAAUGUUGUGACCACGGCUGACAAUGCUAACUCUGUGUCCUCCUCCCAGCCUCCAACUUGCAUCUCAUCCCUCCCCCGGAACCUCCUGCCCCUCUCUCCGGGCCACCCUGGAGAUCAGAUCAUGGCCUCCUCCCCAAAGGUGCAUCCAAAGUCUCACCCCCAGCCUCAUCCUCAGCCACAUCCUCAGCCACAUCCUCAGCCUCAUCCCCAGCUACAUCAGCAGCCUCAUCCACCUUCUAUGGCCCCAGUGCCCCUGGUCAUGCCUCUGUCUGAGCGACCGGGAAUCAGCGGUGGGGGCUUCCUCUCCCCUCCUUAUCGUGACCCACCCCCAGCCAAUGCAGUGCGGCCCCUUCAGAGGCAGUUGAGUGCUGACACUGCUGUGGUGAAGAACCGUUGUGGUGCCCCUGCUGUGGGAUCUGUCAAGAGCACCAGAGUGUUCAGUGUGGAUAUCCCUGAGCAGCGCAAUGAUCCGCCCAAGUACCCAACAGACAAAGGCAGCCCUGUGGGUUGUGGUGGAGGGAGUGGAAGUGGAGGAGGUGGAGGAGUCGGGGGCUGCAACGGGAAUGGGAUGGGAAGCAUAAAUGGUGGUGGGGUGAGCGUAAAUGGGGGUGGAAUGGGAUGUAAUAACGGGAGUGGAGGUGGGGUAGUGGGCCCUGGACAGCAGCAGCACCACUUGGAGGUUCAGCAAGACUACCACAGCUCCGAGCACCGCCACUCCUUUCCUGCACUCUACUAUGAGGGAGUCAACGACUCACCCUCACCUGCCCAAAAGGCCUCAUUCCUCAAGCCACUGGGCCGCACCAAGAGGGAUGCCACAGCCACCUAUUCCCAGCUCUCACCUUCUCGUCACCACAACUACAACUCUGGCUACUCCUCCAGUCCAGAGUAUUCAUCUGAGAGCACACUGCGGAUCUGGGAGCGAUUCCGGCCUUACAAGAAAAGCCCCAGAGAGGAAGCAUCCUAUAUAGCAGCAGGCCACGCCCUGCGUAAGAAGGUUCAGUUUGCCAAGGACGAGGACCUUCAUGAUAUUUUGGACUAUUGGAAGGGGGUUUCUGCCCAGCAGAAGCUGUGA